CGAUUUGCUGGAAACUGGACACCAUCAACAAUCAUAAUGGGUAAGCAAACCCCUUCCCCUUCCUUUUUCUAGCUUCUUUCUUCUUUCUUCUUCUUCUUCUUCCACUGUUCUUCCCACUUUUCACUUUGUAAGCAGUAAUAAUUUCUCCAGCUGCCUUUCUGGCUUCCCAAACACUCAACCCUAACCACAAACACACACGACCGAGCGGAGAAAUUUACUGAUUCAAUUUCCAAAUUCUCCGGGACGAUUCGUCCUCUGGAUUUUUUUUCACCCCUCCAGCACCGGUUUCAUUAAUGGUGGCGGAUUCGUCCUUUGUUACUCUUGUGUAGGAACCGACAGGAAGCUAGAAAAGAAGCUGCUAAGAAUACUCGAAAAACAGUACUCCGGUAGGUGAGCUGCAAACAGGAAUUCCGGCCUCCGGCGUACAGGAACAAGCUCUCGUACGACUGCGAAAGGUUGCUUUAGCUCUCCGAUUCUCUUAUCUUCUUCUUUUUUUGGGCGGAAAGUGAAUUCGACAUGAUUUGGCUAGCUUGGCAGUUGAUAGGCGUAGAGGAAAUAGUGUUUCCCUGAGCUUGGGGCAUUUUCUAGCAGUACUGCUAUCAUUGUCUCCAUGAGGGGAAUACUUUCCAAAAAAGAGAGAAAAUGAUUCCUCCGCUUAGUAAGAAAGCCAGCUUAAUAGUAGUUUCCGGUUUGUUCGUUUUAACAGUGAACAGCGAUUUUCCCAGAUCUGUCGGAAUCGGGAUGGCAGCAGCAAAGAUCUACUGCAAGGUAUAAUUGUUGCUUUGAUGAGACGAAGAAGAAGUGGACAGUAAGAAUAGACGACGACCCAUUUUGUUAUUUUCUUGUUUUAUUACUUGUGCCGUCUACAGUAGUAUCCAAUUAAGCAAAUCUGAUUAGGCUGGCAGGUGGGUUAUUGAUGGUUAUUAGAUGAUUGACACCUGUAAGAAACAAUGCCCCCAAAACUCAGCUGGGUCGAGCAUUUUUUUAGCUUUUAAAUUGGUUGCUGGUAAUUCUGAAACACAGUGUAUAAAUUAAAUGGGGGGACUGUGGGGAUUCGUCAUUUAUUGUUCUUGCUUCUAGGAGAGCUGCUGGAGGUAGAGGAGAGGAGGAAGAAGAGGAAGGGCAGCAUUGGGUGGUGGUGGUGGUUAACAAUGUCUGCCAUUUUUAGUGUCAGCGAGAGCUUUAAAUACACAGGAAAGAGAGACCCAGGAAAGAAAGGGCAAAACCCAAGUGAGAAGAAAGGGGAUAGGGGCGGCUGAGUCCCGGUGAAGCCUUUGCUUUAGCUUUACCUUUUUAGCAACCUAAAGAGAGAUCGAAGGCAACUGCGGUGGCCUAGCUAUGGGUUUUAGAAAGUUAGUUUUGAGCUCUGGUUAAAGCUAAUGGUCUUUAGGCUUAAGUUGGGUUUGCAAAAGCCCUUUUUUAAGCCAUAUAUCAUCAUCAUCACCAUCUACAGUGAGCCAGCCUGCGUAGAUCUCUCCCUUUCUCUCUCUGUGGAAGAAAUGUGAAGAGCUUGAUUUGUACGAAUUGAAGCUAUGUCUUAUAAUUUUCACCCUUUAGUUCUGUUGGUUUAUUUUGGUUUUUCUUUUUAAUAUGGUCUGUGUGGGUUCUUUGGUUGCAGGGUUCAGGCUAAGGAGGAGGACUGAGGCUGCCAUUUUCAGUCAUUGCUUUUGAGAGGGGGCUGCCUGCCUGCCUCUGCGCAGCCUGCUGCUGCUAAAAAGCUUAAACGAGAGAAGAGAGAGAGAGGGGAGAGAAUGCAAUGCUGGUAUCUCCUUUCCUUCUCUUUCUCUCUCUACUGACUUAGACCGUGAUAUAUCAGAGUGAAAAAAAGAAAAGAGAAGAAGGCCCCUUUUUUAUCACUACACCACAGCCCAAAGUACACUCUGUAUUAUCAUCAUCAAUGCAAAGGACACUGAAACCCCACUUGCAUUUCACCACCUUCUUCCUCCCUCUUCUUCCUUCAUCGUCUUUCUGAGUGAAAGAAACAAAGAAACCCCAUUUCUCUUUUCUCUCACUCUCCCCAAAACUGCAGAAGAAGGAGAGGGGGGAAGGGAAAGAGACUGGUUUGAGCUAGUCUGUGAAAAACCCAGAGAAAAAGAGAGAGCAAGGAAAGAAGUAAGGAAGGAUUCUUCAUAAAAAUUCUUCCUUUCAAUCAAGUUUUGACAAAAAAAGGCAUGAAAGUGGCAUGGAGAUUGAGGAGCUUCAUCCAACGCAACCUCCCUGCAAGUUCUCCAGAAUCGGGAACGGUCGAAACGACAGCAGCAAGAUAGGCACCAUUAAAGGAAGCGGGGGCGGAGAGGAGCACCACCACCGCCAAUUCCAACCAGAUACAGAUGAUGGUGAAGUCAAGAUGGCCCUGUGUAACCCUGCCAUUGGCGGAGCAGCUGCCGUCACUGUCGCCGGCGACGGUGCCACCAAUCGGCUCCGGGGCUGGCACCACUCCAGGAUCAUUAGGGUUUCCAGGGCAUCCGGCGGGAAAGACAGGCACAGCAAAGUUUGGACCUCCAAGGGUUUGAGAGACCGGCGGGUCCGGUUGUCAGUCACCACCGCCAUUCAAUUCUACGAUCUGCAAGACCGAUUGGGUUAUGACCAGCCCAGUAAGGCCGUUGAAUGGCUGAUUAAAGCCGCCGCUGAUGCAAUCGCGGAGCUCCCUUCCCUCAAUGCUUGUUUUCCCGACAUUCCCAAACAGCUGCUGAGUGACGAGAAAAGAAUCACAACCACCGCCGUCACUGCUGAACAAGGCUUUGAUUCGGCUGAUUUAGAGCUUCACCAAGAAGAAGAAGAUCCCGGCGGGAACUAUAACCCCAAUCAGAACCACAACCACCAGCAGCUCUCCCUUUCUAAAUCUGCCUGCAGCAGCAACUCAGAGACUAGCAAAGGUUCAGGAUUGUCACUCGCGAGGUCAGACGUUCGGGCGAGUCGUGUCAAAGCCGCACGUGAGAGAGCAAAGGAGAAAGCUGCUGCCAAAGAGAAAGACCAUACUACCACCGACUCCAGGAUUUCCAACCACCACCAACAGCACCACAACAUCAACACUAUCGCUCAGAGCUCUACGUUCACUGAGCUUUUAACUGGUGGCAUUGGUGGUAAUAUUGCCAGCAACAAUGGCAACAACAACAACACAACUGCUGCAGUUGCUACCACAAUCGCGACUAAUCCAUCUGAGGUCAAUUUGUUCCACAACGCAGCCACAAGACCAUGGCCGUUGACUGCUAUGGAUUACUUUGGGCCUGGCCUUCUUGGGCCGACUGCUUCAUCCACCCGCGGCAGCCAGCAGCAGCAUUGCUCGUCUGCUACGGUCUUUCCCGGUCAAAUCCAGCUAGGGAACUCGAUCCAGCAGCAGCAGCAGGGAAUGACAAUGUCGAUGUCAAUCCCGCAGUUCAAUGUUGUGUCAUCGGGUGAGGCUCACCAUAGCCACCAUCACCAUCAGGAGCAGCAGCAGCAGCUUCUGCAGCAGCAGCAGCAGCAACAACAACAUUUCCCAUUUGUUUCCGACCAUUUGAUGCCAGUAACAACUACACAAGGAGGUGGUCCAGUUGCGGACUAUAACCUCAACUUCACAAUCUCAUCAGGCCUUGCUGGUUUCAAUAGGGGGACCCUUCAGUCCAAUUCAUCACAAUCACCGUCUCUUUUGCCGCCUCAAUUCCAGAGGUUUGCUUCACCCAUAGACGGAUCCACAACUCAUUUACCAUUCUUCAUUGGUGGCGGUGCGCCGCAGCAGCCUCUGGAGAAUCACCACCACCACAACCACCAGCAGUUAUUCCCUCAUGGGUUGCAGCUCUGCUAUGGCGACGGAAACAGCAGCAGCAGGCAAUCUGACCACAAGGGUAAAGGGAAGAACAACUGACGCCGCUGCUUUGAACCCCUCAUUGCCUCUUGAGCCAUCUUCUCCCUGGUAAGCCCAUCACAUUAUUGAUCUCCAUUCAGUGCUUUGACUUUUAAUAAUGGGUCAUACCGUACGUAGUUAGAAAGCUUUUUAUUUUUGUUUUAAUGUCAUGUUCAUGGCUUUGCUCUUUUUGCUUUUCGUUUUUUGUUGUCUAAGUGAUGGGUUCUGGAUCUUCGUGUAGUGGCUAGUGGUGCAUAGUAAUACUAACUAUUCUAGCUCUACCAUCUUUUUUUCUUGGUAAUCAUAAACUAAGUUAGCCAUUGGGCAACUUUUGUGGGGUUAUAUGCAAAGCAAUAUAUUAUAAUGAAUUAGAUAGUGUGGGAUUCGUUUGCAUGGGUUGAUGUGAAUGAUGAUCGGCUGGUUGUCUCCUUGCCUGUAUUCUUGGUGGUUCCCUUCUUCCCUAGUCCCUAACAACUUGUAGACUCAUUGACAGGUGUUAUCGUCUAAGUCGCAAAUGUCAUGUGUUUUGCUCUGACUCUGCCGAGGGAGAGAGAGGGUCACUUUGUAGGGUGAAACCUUAAUUGCUUUAGAAUCCCAAUUGCUUUGGUUUGUUUUUGUUUUAUUUUCUUGCCUUUUGGCCCCGAUAUACCAAACCACUAUCAAAUGACCACGCGGCAUUGCAGCCGGCUGUUGGUUUUGGUGGCGAGCUUUUCCAAAAGCCUUGGUUUGGUUUGUUAAGUUAGUUGGUGAAUUACAUGAACGCCGUGAGUAAAAUGCUGCCCUUCUCUCUGGUUGGCUGGUUUCUUUCCCACCGUAACAUUCCAUUAGUUUAUAUAAAAUGACUAUUCUUCAAUAGUAUGCAAAUGAAUACCAUGCCAAUGCAAUAUUUUGACGUCCACUUGAUUAUAGUUAGCCCUAACAUCUCUUUUUUCCCCCUAAAAAUGUAUGCUUUUGUGUCCUUGUUCUAGCUUUUGAAAUCUCAGGAAUUAUGUUCUUAAUAAAAUGUAUAGAUGUUUACUAUUAUGAAUUUAGGAUGAUCUCUUUUGUAUAUAGGCUCUCAUUUUCCGUAUCCCGUUUCACCCUUAAUUAUUUUAAUUUUCAUGUGAAGACUGUAAUCUGAAAUAUAAUUGUUUUCUUCUAUUAAAUGGGUUGAAUUUUUACUCAUUGAAACCAUAAUGUAAGUAAACUAAUGUUGAACCCCUAACUAGAAACCAAUAGUCUAGAGUCCAACUCUAAAUAUUGCAGGCUCCAUAACCAUAGUGUGCCUACUAAGAUUAAUUAUUGAUACAACCAUCUAAUGACAUUCAAUUAUUUUGUUUUAUUAAACACAAUCAGAGUCUCUACCUUAGAAUUUCGUAGAGAAAAUAAGAUAGACAUAAUAUUGCAUUUCUUUUUUCUUACAUAUUAUUCAAUGAUUUCAUUCUUUCCAACAUAGGGCGCAUUAAAAACCCAAAAAGGUUUUGCCAAAUGAUUUUAUUAUUUAAAUCACAGAAUGAGAUUAAGAGUGGUGUUUUGGAAAGAGAAAUUUGAGUGUCUACUAGUCUUUUAUAGGGCAGUGGCAUGACAUGAGUCAGUGCGUAAGUCGGAAAACUAGUCCUGCCGUCCUCUAAAAAAACUCGUCUUCGCUUAGGAGACACUGUAUUUUGCCUGGGUGGCACUAUCUGUAGUAGCUGGUUUUUGCUUCUUUGGUGCAUGAUUUUUUAUGAGCAUCAAAUGUGAUUCUUAUCUAUUCUUGGCUUUAUUUUGUUUAUUAGGUUUCAAUGCAUUGUGCACGUGAUUCUAUACAUUUGUGUAUCAUCGUCAUGACAUGGUUCAUGUACAUUAGAUCAUUCAAAACUAUUUAUUAGGGCUAGAGUGACCACACAUAUCAUUUUCUUUUCUCAAUGUGGCACGAGACAUAAUAUUUUUCAAUCUCAUGAUCAAAACAUUGUUGUCCGUCUUGGUCCCUUAGAUCAAUAUCGCCCACUUGCUAAAGUUAUGCUAUAAACGAGCUAUCUUCCU